AUGGAAUACUAUAAGUCAGAUGAUCAGACUCAGACAAAACAAGAGGACAAUCGAUUGAAAAGGAUAUUGAAGAUUGUAUUUUGGGAUCUCUACUGUGCAGCUCCAGAAAGACGUGAAACAUGUGAACAUUCAAGUGAAGCUAAAGCCUUCCAUGAUUAUAGUGCUGCAGCAGCUCCCAGUCCAGUGCUAGGAAACAUUCCCCCAGGAGAUGGCAUGCCAGUAGGUCCUGUACCACCAGGGUUCUUUCAGCCUUUCAUGUCACCUCGGUACCCUGGAGGUCCAAGACCACCACUGAGAAUACCUAACCAGGCACUUGGAGGUGUCCCAGGAAGUCAACCAUUACUGCCUAGUGGAAUGGACCCAACUCGACAACAAGGACAUCCAAAUAUGGGUGGACCAAUGCAGAGAAUGACUCCUCCAAGAGGAAUGGUUCCCUUAGGGCCACAGAACUAUGGAGGUGCAAUGAGGCCCCCUCUGAAUGCUUUAGGUGGCCCUGGGAUGCCUGGAAUGAACAUGGGUCCAGGUGGUGGUAGACCUUGGCCAAACCCAACAAAUGCCAAUUCAAUACCAUAUUCCUCAGCAUCUCCUGGGAAUUAUGUAGGUCCUCCAGGAGGUGGAGGGCCACCAGGAACUCCCAUCAUGCCUAGUCCAGCAGAUUCUACCAAUUCUGGAGACAACAUGUAUACUCUAAUGAAUGCAGUACCUCCUGGACCCAACAGGCCUAAUUUUCCAAUGGGCCCAGGGUCAGAUGGUCCAAUGGGUGGAUUAGGAGGAAUGGAGUCACAUCACAUGAAUGGAUCUUUAGGCUCAGGAGAUAUGGACAGUAUUUCCAAAAAUUCUCCCAAUAAUAUGAGCCUGAGUAAUCAGCCUGGCACUCCAAGGGAUGAUGGUGAAAUGGGGGGAAAUUUCUUAAAUCCUUUUCAGAGUGAGAGUUAUUCCCCGAGCAUGACGAUGAGUGUGUGAUCCAUUCCCAAGCCUCCUCUGACAACAACAGUGAGUCAGCCUUCUUCACAGAAAACUACUACAGAAGAAAAUUAUUCAUCACCGUGUACAGUUUAACAAACAAAAGGAUCUCAGUCACAACCAAACCAACUAUAUUUUUUUUCCUGCUCUCUCCCUUAUUUUGUGAAGAAAGCAGGUCCAAACGUGAUUCAAACAACUGUACGGAGUGGCAUAUUAAAAUUGCCCUAAAUUGAACUGCAAAUAAUUAUCUGUGUAUGUAUAUGUGUGGGACAAUGAAUGUACUGUAUAUGUGUAUGUUAUAUAGACAUAUACAUGCACACAUACAUACAUGUAUCCACAGGACAUUGUAAAAUAAUUAUCACAUGACAUCUUAAGUAGAAAUAAGUAGGGACUUUUAUUCCGUCUUUUUUCACGUUUACAUUUUAAUUAUUAAAAGUUACUUUUCCCUCCCCCUGAACUAUUUUGUGCUGUGUAUAUCACUGCUUUAUAUAAGUUAUUUUUUAAGGUGAAUUCAGAUGUUAUGGUUUUGUAAAUGUCUGCGAUCAUGGAUAGGAAUAAAAUUGCUUAUUUGAGAGCUUUCAUUAAA